UCCUGUUUGAUCUCCAUUCUCCACUCUCUUACUUUUCCUGCUCUGUAAAGCAAAAUUCCUGAAUUUCCUGGCUUUUAAAACAUGGCAGAUGCAUGAUCUUAACGUUUUUAAUGGAUGAUGUGAUCUGUGGUAAUGAUCUUCUACUGCGUGGGGACGUGUCAGGACAUCUGGAGACGAUUAAGGCUCCACACACAGCGACAGCCUGUAAGGACCUGCCUCUGAAGAUCAUUCGGGCCGAGUCCCAGAAACAGCAAAGCAUGGAAUAACAAACAACCAGAUGCCUCCGGAAUUUCACCAGACUCUGUUUGUAUCAGGCUGCACUUGGAUGGCGCAGAACUUCUCCUAAUUAUCAGCGCUUAGAAAAGUGACUGGAAGGAAAAGGUUAGACGAUCAGGAUGCUUUUGAAACUCCUACCUCUGCUGCUGUUGCCCCUGGGCACUGGACAAGCUCAAAGAACGACCCAGGACGUGUUCAUGAUGCAAUACUUUCAGAGGCGACUCCAGGAGCUGGAGGAACGUCUUAACAAAUGUGAUCAGGACCUCCAGAACUUCAACCAGAAAGUGUAUGACGUGUCCACUGAGAUGCGCGGCCAGGUUCGCAGUGUAAACGUGCUUAAGUCGGAGAUCCAAGGUCACGUGGACAGUCUGGCUUUGCGGGUGGACCGUGUGGAGAGAGAUGUGGAGUACCUGCAGAACAAAAUCCCAGACUCAUCUGACGUGGAGAUAGCAGAAUCCGUGAUAGAGCAACAGGUGAAAGAAGCUCAGCUGAAGAAGAAAGCUGCCGUCACGCAGGGCAAAGAUUGCAACACUCAUCUCUCUGGCAUCAAGUCCCAGAAAAUCGUCAAGAAAGCAGGCGAUCUGACCGGCUCCUGGAUGAAAGACUCCACCAAAGGCUCCUCCAGGAUCUACUUCUUCAGCGGCUCCAGAAACAGCACGCUGUUGGAGUUUGUCUCUCUGAAGGCCUUCACUGACACCAACUGGACCAGGAAGGCCGAGAUCAUCUCACUGCCUCUCCCCUGGCAGGGGACGGGCCAAGUGGUCUACAACGGCUUCAUCUACUACCACCACGCCAACACACGAAACGAAGUGCUGAAGGUGCACCUCCUCAACCGCACUGUGACUGACCGCAUGCUGCUGCCCGGGGCUGGCCGUAUGCCCACUUACAGCCUCUCCCCUCACACUCUGCUGGACCUGGCCGUGGACGAGCUGGGUCUAUGGGCCAUCCAUGCUGACCCAGACUUUGGGGGGAACCUGGUAGUCACCAAGCUGGACUCCAACAGCCUGGCUGUGGAACACACCUGGGACACAAAUUGCAAAAGUCACAAUGCUGAAGGGGCCUUCAUAAUCUGCGGAACCAUGUACGUGGUCUACAACUCGCACUCUGGAGGGCGCUCCAGCGUUAAAUGCUUGUUCGACAUCCAUGAUACCCUACAGACGGAGGAGAUGCCAGUGAUUUUCUUCCCGAAGCGCUACACCAGUCACACAGGCAUGCACUACCACCCCAAAGAGAAGCAAGUCUACGCCUGGGACGAUGGAUACCAGACCAUCUACAAACUGGACACCAAGAGGAAAUUACAAGUCACCUAAAUUUCCCCUUCACUUCAACUGUGGUCCUUCAGCCAAGGCAUGUUCGGUGUCUGAGGUUUGCUUCUUUAGUUCUGCGCUGGAGCUACGAGGCUAAUGUAGCUAAGAAGUAACAGGAGCUAAUGGCCACUGAUUAGCACUGUGCAUAGUGAAUACCUACAUCAUUGGUUUGAGGCAAGCGUGUGAUGAUUUAGGCUUGCAGCCAUUGAUUAGCAUUACGCUAGAAGCUUCGAUUACUUGUUAGCUACACUAGCUUCAUAGCUCAGUGCAAAACUAAAGAAGCAGACUUAGUGUCUUGGCAGAUCGACUACAUGGUAACUAUCUGAAUUAGAUUUUUUACUGACUUUUCGCUUUAUUGCCUGCAUUGCUCAAGUUUGCUAAGUGAUACACUCAUUUUUAGAACAGGUAGCCGUUACACUAGAAGUUUCAGAGUCCAGGCCUUCUCCAACAUAUCUGACCAAUGUUUUGAUGAGUUGCAUUAGGUUUGUUAAAACAGCAAUGAAUUCCAUGCUGGUCUAGGCUAGUCUAAGCUGGUCUAAGCUGGUCUGUGCUAGCCUGGUGCUGGUUUAGUUGUUCACCCAGCCUGGUCAUGCUGGUUGACCAGCACCCCAGCAUCCACAGCAUAUCCUGGUUUUGCUGGUGACCAGCCAUGCUGGUCUGUGCUGGUUUUUCUAGUAGGAAUAUUCUGUGUGCUCUGCAGUUUAGACUACAUUAAUAGCCUCAUUAGCCUUGGCACUAUGUACCACUGGAAUUAUGGUACUGAAUAGUGCGUUUGCACCCUUUAUGGUUUUUACCAGGUGUAGUAUGGCACACAGACACUUUUCAUAAUAUUUUUUAAAUAUUAUUGCUUCAUACAUACUAAUCUUUCGUGAUUAUUAUUCUGAUAUUACUUUAGAAUAGCUUUAUGCAAAUUCAGAGCAGCCAACUGACAUUGUUUUUACUUUAAACAACGGCUUAGUUGAAAGAUGUGCUUUAACACUGAUGUAGGGCCAACUUUGCUUCUAAACACUACUAACCAAAAAACAGGAAGGACUACAGUUUACUCGUCCUCCAUCUGUUGCUUUUGCCUUUGCUGCCCUCUCCUGGUUAGUUAGUGUCGGUGCUGGAAAUGGGACACUCACUAGGUCAUCGAAGUUCAAUCCCUGUUUAUAAUAAGUUUAUCCUUAUCAAUGAUAUAUGUAGGAAGUGUUUUGAUGGAGUGAUAAGUGAGACACUAGAGCAUACAAAUAAAAAGCAUUC